AUGUCGGAUCAAGCCCAAAGAACCGCCACUACAGCACCCAAUAACACUGCGGAUUCGGCUGGGACUGCAAAUUGGCCAGUCGACUUGUCGAGCAGUCCAAGACCACGAAGAACCGAUGCAUGGGAUCCACACACCUUCCCAUCUUUUCAGGGGGCUAUGUCCGCCUCUGCCGAGAACGAACUAACGCUAGCCAUCCAAUGGAUCAGGCAUCUGAAUGCCGAGUCCAGCACACUGGAAAGAGAUAGCCCCGCAAGUGUCAUACAUGAUAACUAUUGGGAUCUCUGGAAGUCUAUUGGAGACAAGUCUAGCGAAACUCUUUCCACCGCUCAAGCUCGUACCGCCAAUCAAGAGGACUUGAUCGAAGAGUGGAACACAUUGUUCUCGGAAUCAACGGUGGCUGAGGCGUAUCCGAUGAACGAAGAUGAAUUCGCCGAACAGUACAGACAGUUGCUACAGCUUGAUGCUGAAAGAACAGAACGUUUGGCGAGUGCUGCCAAUAAAGACGAUGAUAGCAAAGCAGUUUAA